CGACCUACCAGUAGAGUGUAGUGUAGAGUGUUCGCUAUAACCCGAGUUUAAAGUGUCUUUUUGUAGAUUGUGCGUUUGUUUUUCACGGUGUGGCAUUGAGAAGAAAACACGGGGAAAAUGUGAUUUGGAAGUUCGAGGGAAAAGCGCGAAAUUUUGGAUUGAUAUACAGUGGAAAUGGAAGCCCAGAAAAUUAUGAAAUCCUGUAACUGAAUCUCCGACAGAAUGGAUUGGGUCACGGGAGAUUUGAUUUGGUUCGACCCCGGCUUGGGCCAUUGGCUUCCCGGGGAGGUCUUGGAGUGCCACAAAAGCGCCAAUGUACUCACUGUACAGGCCAUCAUCAACGGAAAAGCUCAAACGUUCGCUUUGGCGGAAGGCGAAGGCCAAGUGCGCCGGCGCCAAGAUUUGGGCGCCGAAGGCGUGGAGGACAUGAUCACGUUGUCCGAUCUACACGAGGCCGCGUUGCUGUGGAACUUGAAGCUGCGCUACGACCACGAUUUGAUCUACACCUACGCGGGCUCCAUUCUGGUCGCCGUCAACCCCUACAGAAGCUUCGACGGAAGCUACGGAAUAGAGACUGCCCAGAGGUACAGAAGCCGGAUGAUAGGCGACUUACCGCCGCAUUUGUUCGCUAUCGGAGCCGCCGCUUACUCUGCUCUACCCACACCUCAGGUGGUGGUUAUCAGCGGAGAGAGCGGUUCUGGCAAGACGGAAUCCACUAAACUGAUCAUGCAGUAUCUGGCAGCGGUGGCGCCUUCGGCGCCCAGAGGCCAGGCUCUCGUCACCGAGCAAAUUCUCGAAGCGGCUCCGUUGCUGGAAGCCUUCGGUAACGCGAGAACGGCCAAGAACGACAACAGCUCGCGCUUCGGGAAGUACCUCGAGGUGUAUUUCAAGUACGGCGCCAUCGUCGGCGCCAAGGUGACCGAGUACUUGCUGGAAAAAUCCAGGAUCGUUACGCAGGCUCCCGGCGAACGGAACUACCACGUGUUCUACGAGUUAUUGGGGUCGUUGAGUUCCGCUGAGAAGCAGAAAUACGGGCUUAUUGAUGCUGAUAAGUACUUCUAUUUGAACCAAGGUGGAGGAGAUUGCGGUCCGGGUCACUCGGGCUCCGGGGCCGAUUGGAGCGCUCUAUCCAGAGCUAUGCAAGUUUUGGGAAUCGGUGAAGCUGAGCAAGAAGUUGUUAUUAAAAUCCUAGCGUCUGUGUUGCAUUUAGGAAACAUUUAUUUUCACCGAAGGCAAUUAAGACAUGGUCAGGAAGGCGUGGAAGUCGGAUCAGACGUUGAAAUCAAAUGGGCUGGUCAUCUUCUGCAAAUUUCCUCGUCAGGUUUGCUGAGAGCUCUUACGUCCAGAACAACCGAAGCUAGAGCAGAGAGGGUAUACACACCAUUGACCAUCGAUCAAGCAUUAGACGCUAGGGAUGCUUUCGCCAAAUCCCUGUACUCCGUUCUUUUUAAUUGGUUGGUAACUCGUGUAAACUCCAUCAUACACAAAGGCGGUCUCCACGACGCCGCUCGGAUAUCCCUCUUGGACAUCUUCGGUUUCGAGAACCUCAACGAGAACUCCUUCGAGCAGCUGUGUAUCAACUUCGCCUCCGAGUCGCUGCAGCUCUAUUUCAACAAGCACGUUUUCAAGCUAGAACAACAAGAGUACGCCAAAGAACGAUUGGAAUGGACCAAUUUGCCGUGGAUCGACAACACGCCGGUCAUCAAUUUGUUGGGUAAAAAACCGGUGGGAGUGCUUCAUUUGCUCGACGACGAAAGCAAUUUCCCCAAAGCUUCGGAUUCGUCGUUUCUGGAGAAAUGCCAUUACAACCAUGCCUUGAACGAGAACUAUUGCAGACCGAGAGUAGGCGGGCGAGAAUUCGGAAUAAGGCAUUUCGCCGGUCAAGUUUGGUACUCGGUGGACGGGUUUUUGGAGAAGAAUCGCGACGCUUUGCGGCCGGACGUCAUCGAACUUAUAGCUUCGAGCAAAAACGAUUUAAUCAGCGCCAUCGCCAAACCUCUACUACACCACAUACAAACCAGAACGCUUCCCAGAGGGACCAACGGUAGAUUCGUUACCAUGAAACCCAGAACACCUACUGUUGCUGCAAGGUUCGGUGACAGCCUGCACACCCUGCUGGAAUCGAUGUCGAGGUGCAACCCUUGGUUCAUAAGAUGCGUAAAGCCCAACGAAGACAAAGCGCCGAUGAGAUUCGACAUGCCCGUGGUGUUGGAGCAAUUGAGGUACGCCGGAAUGCUGGACACCAUCAGGAUAAGGCAAUGCGGUUAUCCUUCCCGGAUGAAAUUCCAUCACUUCGUAGACAGAUACAGGCAUUUGCUGAGGAGAGUUCCCAGAGGCGCGCCGUUUAGAGACCUGUGCAGAUCGAUUUUGGAACAAAUACCUCCUACUGGUACAGAGGGUCCGGAUUACCAGCUGGGAGCGACCAGAGUAUUCCUGCGAGAGAACCUGGAACGUCGUUUGGAGCUGACCAGAACGGACGCUCUAAAGGGCGCCGCCGUUUUGAUACAAAAGAACGUCCGCGGUUUUUUAGCCAGAAAACGCUACAGGCGGAUCAAACGAAGCGCCACCGUCAUCCAAAAACACUGGAAAGGCUACAAGCAACGAACAGCCUACAGCAAAAUCAGACGAGGCGUCAUCAAGGCGCAGGCUUUGCAUAGAGGCAGGUUGGAGAGGAGGAGAUUCGAGAAGCGCAAGGCCGAACAUAGGAGGAAACUCGAAGCGGAGAAAAUCGCCAAAGAUAGAGCCGCCAAGCAAAAAGAAAGAGUAGCCAGAGAAGCUCAAAUGCAAGCUCAAGCGCAAGCACAUGCUCAGGCACAGGCUCAAGCGUACGCUCAGGCGCAAGCCCAAGCUCAAGCCCAAGCUCAAGCUCAAGCGCAAGUACCCAAACAGCAAGCCUCCAAAAUUAAUUCCAAAACUAGCGUUAAUCAUUUAGAUAUACCGGCAGAACUGGCGUUUAUCUUCUCCAAAUUGGAAACUUACACAGCUCCUCACACCGAGAAAAGCCUGAUGAAAGUGCUGGGCGGCGUGACGGGAGCGGCGCCGCCUCUAGACCUACCGCCCGAUUUAGAACCGUACGAAUUCUCCAAAUUCUCCUCGGUAUACUUCAAAGGCUCCGACAUGAGAAUGAGAAAAGAGCCCAUCGCCACUCCGUUCCUGUCCAAAGCGGCGGCCAGAGACGAAGAUUUCCAGGACGCCGUGGCCCUGUUCAAGCUCAUCCUGCGCUGGUCCGACGACAGACAGCUGGCCGGCUCGGGCGCCAAGGAAAAAGCCCUGGCGGAUUACAUCGUUCACAAGGGACUGAGCUCCAAGGGGCUGAGAGACGAGCUGUUGGUCCAGCUGUGCAACCAGAUGCAUCAAAACGAACGCGCUGAGAGAGUGUGCCAGCUGAUGGCGCAUUGUUUGAGCUGCUUCCAGCCGAGCCCGGCUCUCUACAAGUAUCUCUUGAAAUACGUCAGCGACCACGUGCCGGAGAAUGUUAGAGAAAAUUUACAAAGGAAAAUCACCAGAGGCUUCCAAAGGAAUCCACACGCGCGAAUUUAUCCUCCGAGUUUAUUAGAAUGGCGGAGCAUCAGGCAGGGUUACAACACAGCGUUGACGCUAACUCAUUCCGAUAAAAGCAUAUCAACAGUGAUAGUAGAUUCCUGGUCAACAUGCGAAGAAGUUGCCUCACUAGCGGUAUCAUCACUUGGAGCAAAUUCUGACGGAUGGACUGUCAUUAUGGAUGAUUCUAACGUGAUAACAGAAGGUAGCGGCUUGGACUACAUACUCGAUCUCGUAUCCGAAAUCGAAUUACUACCGGCCUUCCCGAUUCCCAAAUCCUCGAAGCUCAAAUUCGGCAGUAAAACCGAACCGCAACCGUCCCAUUCGCCGGCCAGGCCUCAAGUACCGCCCCCCGAACCGCCUACGAGCAGAGAAAGGAAACCGUCCAACAGACACUCGACGCCCGUCCAAUUACCAUCGUCCAGAAAAUCGUCCAAAGACGUGCAAGAGUACGCGCGACAACCAACAAACACCAGGAAAACAUCGCACGACGCUCUAUCCAGGAACUCCGCCCUGAACGAGCGCUACUUCGACGUCGAAAAGGCGCGAUCCAGGAGCCUGGACAACCUGCUGAGCGAGCCGGAACCCAACCCGCUGGCCGAUCUCGGUUUAAGCCAAUCCAAACUGAACGAGCGCUACCAUUCGGUGGAGCAGUUGAGCCUCAUCAAACCCGUCAUCGCCAGCCAGAAUUACCUGCCGAAGCAGGAGGAGUUCGAGUAUCCGGACGCUUCGAGCGUGAGCACCAAAUCCAGGUACAUCAAGUCGGCGCACGCCGGCAAGAAGGCGCCGCCCGGCUCGCAUUCCAGCAAGGCGUACAUCGAGAAAUCGGAAUUCGGCUGCGCCAGGAGCUCCGCCAUGUCGGACACCAGCGAAGCGCCGAGCCUGGCCAGCCACGUGCGCAGAGUGCGAGUGCCCAGCCAGGCUUCGGACGUCGAUCAAUUCCUCGACGAGCUCUUCAGUCCCGUGUUGGACGGGAAUCUGGAUGAAUUGAGCGAUGCCAGAUCGGUGGCGGCCAGCGUUAAAGGCGGCGAUAUGCUGGAUAAGUUCCUCGAUUCCGUUUUGGAGAAUUUAGAUUGCUCCGACGUUGAUAUGUCAAAGACCAGUACUAUCGUUAACAACAUUAAAGGCGGCGGUGAUAAAUUACGGAAGAAUAGCGCUGUUUUGGAUAAGGAAGUGGAGAAUAUAACGGUGCAAAACGGCGAAAACGUGGACGAUUACAUUAGCGAUUUGUUCAAACCGAUAUUCAUCAACGACAGCGUUAAAAAUCUAACCGAAAAAUUGAACCUAGUGGAGAGCAUCAAAGGAGGCGGUACCACGCAAGGCGACGCCAGUACUUCCAGCUACAGUUUACCAACGAUGCAACCUCUGAUGAUGCCGUUGUUAAGCCCGACGCAGGAAAAUUUCAUGCCGAUCUUCAACACCGGUUCCCAACAAAACGGUACCGAUUUGGCCGCCUUCCAACAGAACCUACAGCGCGCCUUCUUGCAAUCAGCGAUGGCCCAAAACAUACAGAUACAGCAGCAACUGAUAGCGCAAAAUCAAGCGCUCCAGCAACUCAUAGCGCAACAAACUUCCUUACCGAACGAUAUCAACGAUGCACCGACGACUACAGUGAAAGCUCAAGUGCACCAGUACACCCAAAACCGGAAAUCGAGUUCCAACAAAAUAUCGCCAAUCAACCGCAAAGCUAGCUCCGACUCCAACGUAAGUAAAAACGGAAUUCCACCGCCUCCACCUCCGCCCCCGCCGAUGCCGCCACCUCUGGAAGACACCGAUCCAAGCGGAACCAGACCGUUCCUAGACCCUUACGGCAGAGCUAAGACAGUGAGAAUAGGCAAAUGGAGGUGGCCCCCGCCUAAAGACACCAUCAACAACCCCGAAACCGGCGAGGAUUUCAUGCACUUCAAGCUCAGGCAACACAACCGCAAGGUCACCCCGAACAAGGAGCAAACGGCGGUGAACGGUCACAAAACUUCCCUCGAAUGGGAAGACGUCGAGUACGAGCCGAGAGAAAUCGAGAAAAUCAGCAAGAUGAACGGGAAGCGGGCCUUCGAAAUCGGAGCGGCUCGUCCCACGCCGGGCAGCGUGGGCAAAUUGAAGCUCAGCUCCGAAAUGAAGAAACGAUUGGAAAUGGUAACCGCCAAUCAUUCGGUCCGAUCCACCAGCAGCCAGGACAAACCGACGAGAACCGUCAACAAACUCGAAGACACCAGGAAAAUGAUGCUCGAACAGCAACUGGCCGGCAGGUGGGACGAUUCGAGAGACAACAGCGGGAAAUCCAGCCCCGAAUCGUCUCCAAUCAACAACGGCACGAAAUCGCCGACAUCGCAGAGCUGGGGCAGCUCCAACUGGAAACCGGGACCGCCGCCUCCGCCGGUGGGUCCACUGACGCCCGCGGGCCCCGCUCCGCCGCCGCCCGUCAUACGACCUCUUCUCUCAUCGGCCCAAGAGCCGUCGUUCAUGUCCCAGCGACAGGACAGAGACACUUUCGGCGUGCACCAGAACAACUUCAACCAAACCAAUUCGAAGAGGAACUCCUUCAGCACCAACUGGGACGUGCAAAGCAACGCCACCUUGGACACCACCGACGACGUGCACGAUUGGUCCAAGGACAAAAGGGAGUCCCAACGCAAAGAUCGCCGGGAUAGCUGGGACCUGGGCGAAACCGUCACCAACGGAAUGAUGGAAGGGAAGUAUAUGGUGGAUAUGUGGGAUAGAGACGUGAAGGUGGAGAAUACGAGGAAAAUGCGGAAGGUUUCCGACCAGGAAUCCACCGACAGGCCGACCUUUAAGACUCACAUGCUGUCGAAAAGCGCUCAGGAGCGAGAAAAGAAACACUCGGUAGGAUCCACGCAGUUAACGGAGAAAUCGGAACGUAUGGAAGGAACGGAUUGGCCCGAGUUUAUGCGACCGAUACAAACCCCACCGGCGAAACCAGCGGCUGCUUCCACACCGCUGGAAAAGGAAAAACCUGUCGCGAAAACGGCCGCCGGCCUUUUACCAUUGGGCACGUCAGCUUGCGUUACCUACAAUCGCGUACCGUGGUUGCUGCGAGUUAAAAAAGAAGUGUUCUCACCAUCCGAACCCCUGGGUCAUCUGACCACCAUGCAUUUGAUCUUCUGCCAAGUCGUUAUGGACGUGUACGGCUUAACGCCCUGCAUUCGGUUAUCGCAGAGUGAAAAAAGAGCAGGGGUGAACAUGUUGUCCGGUUAUGGCGUGACUGCUGAUAAUUUUAACAAUAAUCACAGAGCGAACGUGAAGAGAAACGUCAUAGAACUGGCCAGGACCUGGCCUUUGUACUUUGCCAGGCUUUUCCCCGUUUCCGGAGCCGCUCAGUUAUCGGAUAUUCAGUUUGUGGCCGUUUCCCAUUGGGGUGUGCAUCUGGCCAAACGCGACCAGAACGCUCUGCAAGUGUUGAAAUCCUACCCGUUGUCCGAUGUAGCCUCUUGCACGGCCCCGAGACCGACGAACGUGGUGCUGGAGGUGCCGCAGACGAAGUUGAGCUUGUACACGCCCAGGGCGCAACAAUUGUCCGAAAUGGUGAUGAAAUUUUGCAACGAACAGCGAAAGCUCCAAUCGAAGACCCAUUGGGACGCCUCGUCUCCACAUCAACGAGCCAGGUCUCCGCCAAUCGAGCAAUUCGAAUUGCUGUUGAACAAUUCCAGCCACAAUAACGUGGCGAAAUCGCCCCCUAAGCACCAGCCGCGUGAUGAUGGCGGGCAAUCCCCCAGCAGCCCCUUGCCCCCCAACGGAAGGUACUCGUUGCUCCAAUACGCCAUGCACAACUUUAGACAAGCCGCUGAGUUAGAACACCUGAAAAUGGACUCCAUGGUGAAAACGAAAGAAAAGAGAAAAGAAUGGACCUGGAAGCAACACACGGAUUUGAUAAAAUGGCAAGGAACCCCCAUCGAUGGACCUCUACUAAAAUUAGAAGAACCCGAGCUCUAUCCCCUAGCAGUCGAAUGCUUCGAAUGCAUAUUGAGGUACAGCGCAGACCUACCUCUCACCCCGGAGAUGUCAGAAGUCAAAUGCGUCUACACCGUUCUAAUGCACUGCCAUAAGUUCCCGCGGCUGCGCGACGAAGUCUACUGUCAGCUGAUGAAGCAAACCACCAGCAACAAGUCGCCGAAUCCAGAGUCGUGCCAGCGCGCCUGGCGACUGCUGAGCGUCGUCGCGGCGUACUUCGCCUGCUCCGAUCAGCUGCUGCCCUUCCUCACCGAGCACCUCACCAGCGCCGCCAACGACCGAAGGAGAGUCUGUCACGGAACGGCCGCCGUCUGCCUCAGCAAUCUGCGAAAGACGCAGCGCUGCGGCGGCAGGAAGAACGUACCGUCGGUGGAGGAGGUUACCGCCGUCAGCGCCGGCAGGAGCGCCAGGCGGCAGAUUUACCGGUUGCCCGGCGGCGCCGAACGAGUUGUUAAUACCAGAUGUAGUACUGUAGUAGCAGACGUAAUUGCCGAGCUAUGCGCUCUAAUAGGCAUUGCUGGCGAGGUGGAGCAACAGGAAUUCAGUUUGUACUGCAUAGUCCAAGGCGACGCCUUCACCAUGCCUUUGGCUGCCGAUGAAUAUAUCCUAGACGUGACCACGGAACUACAAAAAGCGGCGCAACCUUUCUACCUGAUCUUCUGCAGAUCGGUGUGGUACCACCCGUUGAAACACGACACUAGUCCUUUGUACACCGAAGUACUGUUCAACCAAGUGGCUCCCGAUUACUUGGAGGGACUGCUGCUGAGAUUGGGUAGUACAAGUAUUCCGACGAGCGCGAUUAGAGACAUGGCGCUGAUAGCGGCUUUGCUGCACCGAGCCGCCGAUCUGAGCCACUCGCCCAAUUUGAAAGAGGUGAAAUUCCUGCUGCCCAAGCCCGUGCUGGCCAUCAGGGAGCCGAGGCCGGCGCAGUGGCUCGCCUUGGUGCAGACAUCCUGGGGCCAGGCGGCCAACGUGCCGGUGUCGACGGCCAAGCACCGCGUGCUGCAGGUGCUGAGCAACUGGUCGUUGUUCGGCAGCUCCUUCUUCGCCGUGAAGCGGGUGAUCGGCGAGACCGACAACUGGCAGGAGCACAUUUUGGCGUUGAACAAGAACGGCGUGCACUUUUUGGACAUGAACACGCACGAGACGGUGCAUCAGUGGCCGUUCGCCGAGGUGAUCAGCACCAGGAAGGUGCGGUCCGAGGACGGGGCGCUGUUUUUGGACAUGAAAUGCGGCAAUUUGCUGCAGCAACGGGUGACGAGGUUGCAGACUGAGCAGGCGCACGAAAUCUCCAGACUCGUAAGGCAAUACAUUAAUUUAGAACAAGAGCACGGCACUAGGGAGAGAGAUCAUUGAAAUUAGGACGUCGCUGUUAUUAAUUACACUUUUGCGUUCGAUUAAUGAAAUAUUAUUAUGUCAUCUCGUGACGUUUAGCAUGUUUGCACUUUACGUAGUUUAUAUUAACGAUUUGUUCUGUAUAAAGUCCCUAGAUUCUAUAAGUAGCGCAAUAGUCCGCCAUGUUUGGGAUUUUUUUAGCGGAAAAUUCAAAUAUUGCAGAAAAUUUAUUGAACACAUUGUAUAAACAUGUCACAUUGGACGUCAUAUUGUUAACCAAUAAUCUGACAUGACAGAAAUGUUAGGAUAUGUUUACUUCUGUAAAAUAAAUUGUCAAACGGCAGCCAUGUUUGGGAUUUUGCUAGCUAGCUUUUUCUAUCUUAUAGGCCUAAUUGAUUGGGCUACUUAAUAGUAUCUAGGGAUUUUAGUUCUGUAUAAAAUAGCUGUUGCACAUUGACAUAUUCACCUCAAUAGGCUAGUUAGCUUAUUUUAAAUAUAAUGUUAUGGAGAAGUCAUUUUGUUGCUCAAUUGUAUUGGUUUUUUCAAUAUGAGAGAAUAUGAAAAUUGACUGAAUUAAAAAUAGUCGAUUUAAUUUAACAACGAAUUGAACCAAAUUUUUUUACACUCUUAACUUCAUUAUAACAAUAUUAUUUACCUACUGAUAAAAUUUUGUAAUGUUACAAAAAAUGUGUGCGAAGGUGUUGUUUUUGAACGUGUAGUCAAAAAUAAUUGUUAUAAAUUUGAUUAAAUUUACAAUUAUGUUUAUAUUAUUUAUAUACAGAGUGUAUCUAUGACAGGCGCUUUGUAUGUAUAUCUAAUUAUAUUUUUAUGUAAAUGUUAUUAUAAAUAAUUGUUAUGCGUUUAUAUUUAUUUUAAUUAACCGACAAAAAAACCAUGUAAAAUAAUUCACAUUAACUCGUAUAUUUUGUUAUUGAAGUUACAAUUAAGGAAAAUCACGCCCAAAUUGCUCUAUUUUUGAUCGAAUUUAUCUAUUUUUCUAGUGGUGUAAGUAAUAAAAAUAA